AUGUAUACUUUCAAAGUGCUUUCCAUCUUUGGCCUGUUUGUUUCCUCAGCAAGAGGUGCUUUUACAAUUCCCAAUGAUGAUCAGAAUAUGUCAGGCCUGACGGUCAACUCUAUCCCAUAUUCAACACGGGUAAAAUACAUGCGGCUCGCAAAUGAAGCUCUCUAUGAACAGAGCGGACCAUGUCCAUUUGCUGCAUACGGAACAAUCAUCGUCAACCAUACUGCCGAUGCGAUUGUCUGCAAAGGUGCCAACUUCAGGACCGGGGAUCCCACUAUCCAUGGUGAGAUAUCAGCGAUCAAUGCAUGCACAGCUGUCUUCGUCGCGAAGAACAUGACGGCAUCUCAAAUCUUUGCCGCCUGGGGAGAACUUUCCAUCUAUACGAACGCUGAAUCGUGCCCUAUGUGUGCGAGUGCGAUCCGGUGGUCUGGCUUCAAAGAAUACAUUUAUGGAACAAUCAUUCAGCACAACUAUAAUGCAGGAUCGGGUGUCAUAACCAUAUCAUCCUACGACGUUUUCCAGCAGACUAGACAGCUUCCUGGAUAUCAGACGAGUAUGUUAGGACAGAUCUUGACCAAUGAGACGGAUCCCCUGUUUUCGUGGCAGUACAACGAAUCGUAUCCCUGCCCAAAUGGCUGCGUCAGAGAGUACAGUCUGUCAAGAGGAUACAAGACGUGUUUCGCGCCCAAUGCUACGGUCACGAAGCGAGAGGCUGUUGACCAUGGUGAUCAUUGGCAUUGA